AUGUUUAACACCAUCAAAGGAUAUAUAAUUGGUGAUAUAACUAGUUUUUAUAAAGAAAUAUUUCUAAACAUUCCGAAUAUAGAUAAAAAUUUAAAAGAAAAUCAAUUAAUUGAUCUUCCUUAUAGUAAUAAAAUAUUUGAAAAUAUUAAAUCAGGACAUGUUAACGUAAAUAGAUCUUCAAUUAAUUAUUCAUUAAAUAAAAUUCAAACAAAUUCAACAUCGAAUGUUUUAUCAUCAUCGAUUCAAGUAGGUAACCUUUUGUUCUUUUCUUUGUUUUUUU